UAUUUGGCGCGAAAGGGGGACCGGACGAAAGUGUAAACACUUGGAAUCUUAAACUAACUACGGACAUGUCAUUUGUGUGUUGCCAUGGAUAUUCGGAGCUUUUUUUCCUGUAGUAAUGUGAAGAAAACUAAUAGCAGCAAUAAAACCGAAAAGCCUGAAAAUCCGAAGUUAAAUGUGAAAGGAAAGUCUGUUAAAAGUUCUAAAAAAGAUCAGAAUGAAAAAAAUGGAAAAGAUGAAUGCAAGUCAACAGAGAAAGGGAAGGAUAAUGAUAAAAAGGGAAAAAGUUCAGAUAUAAAAGGGAGCAAAGAUAGUGGAUCAAAGGCAAAGAAGGUUAUUAUUUUAGACAGUGAUGAAGAGGAUGUUAAUGGAAAUUUAUCUGGAAAGAAAUAUGAAAAACAGGAGACGAAGGAAAGCUCCAAGAAAAGAAAGCGCCAGGCCAGUAGUGAGGAAGGGAAAAAGGACACCAUUUCUGGUCACAAGAAAUCAGGCAAAAAGGCACAAAUAAUUGAAUCAGACUCUGAUGAAGAACCUAUUCCAAGGAAAUCAGCUAGGAGCCAGAAUGACAAAAAGAAGGCUGGAAUUGUAUUUAUGGAAGAUUCAGAUGAGGAACCAGUUAAAAAGUCCUCCUUAGAUUCAUUUCUGAAGACACCAAGUCCACAAAAAGUCAAGUCCAAGACGGAAAUAAAGAAAUCUGAGACAAAAACUCCAGUGAAUGUGUCGGACUUCUUUGGCAGUAAAACUGUACAGCGCUCCGACAGAAAAACUGUGGUAUCCAAACGAAAGCUGGAUGAAGAUGAAGAGGUUCAUGAUGAUGAUGAUUUUGAAAAGACUCUUGCACAACUGGACAAUGUGCAACCAAGUAAAAAGCCACGUGUGUCUAGUUCGACUUCCCCUCACAAGUCCGCCAGUCCAUCAGGGAACCUUUCCAGCAAGCUGGCUGCUAAAGCAAAGGAACACUCCAAGGCAACUGCUGUAAAAAAAGUGAAGGAAGAAGCGAAGACUCUUGUCCCAGAAACACCAGAGUCGAAACAGUUUUCAAAAAAAGCCAGUCCUGAAAAAUUGUCCCCUAAGAAGCUAACAUCACCUAAAAAGGAUGUUAGUCCUAAGAAGAUAUCUCCAUUUAAGAGUGAGAAAGCUGAUACCCCGAAAGUGUCUCCAGGGAAACCAGGAACAACAAGCCCUCCAAAGUCUGGUAGUGCCAAAACGUCUCCCGAUGUUCCUGAAUUGGCAAGUAAGACAUCCUAUCGGUCUUAUCUGACGAGAGAAGGACCAAGGUCAUUGGGUGCAAAGGAAAUUCCAGAGGGUGCGGAGAAUUGUUUGGAAGGUCUGACCUUUGUUUUGACCGGUGUGUCUGAAUCGUUUGAGCGUGAUGAUUUGAAACAAAUGGUGGAAAAAUAUGGUGGCAAGGUGACAGGCUCGGUUAGCAAGAAAACAAACUACCUAGUUGCUGGACGUGACAGUGGAGAGAGUAAGCUCCAGAAGGCACGAGGAUUUGGGACCAUUAUUCUGGAUGAAGAUGGCUUUCUGAAUCUCAUCAAAACCAAGCCAGGCAAGAAAUCUAAAUAUGAGAUCCAAGCAGAAAAAGAAACUGCUAAGGAGAAGUCUAAAACACCUUUGCAAAAAGCCAAGUCGGUUAGUAAACUUGCAGAGUUUGAACGAAGAGCUUCUACAUCCAGUCCAUCAGUGAGUUCGCCUGAGAAGAAGAAAGAAGAAAGGAAAACAGAUGAGCCAGUGUUGAUGUGGGUUGAUAAGUACAAGCCUGUUGGACUGAAGCAGUUGAUUGCACAACAAGGGGACAAGAGCAAUGCCAAGAAGCUUCUCCAUUGGCUGACCAACUGGCACAAAAAUGAGGCUGCGGGAACCAAACCACAGGGAAAAUUUUUUGGGAAAGAUGAUGGCGCUGGGAUGAAAGCGGCAUUGUUGUCAGGACCGCCAGGAAUUGGAAAGACUACUACAGCAACACUUGUGUGUAAGGAGGCUGGCUUCUCCUUUGUCGAAUUAAAUGCUUCUGACACCCGUUCAAAGAAAAGUCUGCAACAUGAUGUUGCAGAGGCUUUAGGCAACGAGACACUCGUAGAUUACAUGGGGCCUGGCCGUUCAAAGUCACGUGGACAGAAACAUUGCUUGUUGAUGGACGAGGUUGAUGGUAUGGCUGGAAAUGAGGAUCGUGGGGGUUUACAGGAACUAGUCAGUCUCAUCAAGGGAAGCAGAAUUCCUGUCAUUUGUAUGUGUAACGACAGAAACCACCAGAAGAUGAGAACACUCUCCAACUACUGCUUUGACCUUCGCUUCCAGCGGCCUCGUGUAGAACAAAUAAAGGCUGCUAUGAUGUCCAUAGCUUUCAAAGAGGGAUUGAAGAUUCCACCCCCAGCUCUUAACGAGAUCAUCUUGGCAGCCAAUCAUGACGUACGUCAGGUCAUACACAACAUGUCCAUGUGGACUGCUGGCAACAAAUCGCUAACAUAUGAACAGGCCAAAGAAGAUUCUAGUAGAGCUCGUAAAGACAUGAAAAUGGGACCUUUCGAUGUGUGUAGGAAGGUAUUUGUGGGAGGAGAAGAAACAGCAAACAUGACUUUGAUUGACAAAUCGGACUUGUUUUUUCACGAUUAUAGUUUUGGUCCAUUGUUUGUGCAGGAGAAUUACAUUAAUGUUGUGCCGUAUGCUGCAAGAGGAAAUGCAGCAAAGCAUCUAUCUCUCCUGGCACGCACUGCCCACAGUAUCUCUGACGGGGAUUUAGUUGACAAAGCCAUCCGCUCACGCAUGGCCUGGAACCUCCUUCCAACUCAGGCUAUGUACUCUAGUGUGAUCCCAGGAGAAUUCAUGCGUGGCAGCUUUCCUCAAAUGGUGUCCUUCCCAACAUGGCUCGGGCAGAACUCAUCACGUGGUAAAACAGACAGGAUUCUUCAGGAGACCCGCACUCACAUGAGGCUUAGAAUCUCAGGUGACAAACGAAGUCUCAAUAUGGAUUACCUCCCUUACAUGCGCCACUCUCUGACUCUUCCCCUUGUGACACGUGAGAGUGAGGGUGUACCAGAAGUGAUAAGUCUAAUGGAAGAAUAUGACAUUAUUAAGGAAGAUUAUGAUAACAUCCUGGAGAUAUCAAAAUGGCCCAACAGUGAUGAUCCGCUCAAACAUCUUUCCACCAAGACAAAGUCAGCCUUCACAAGAACAUACAAUAAAGGAGUACACUUGACACCCUACUCCACUGGGGUCCUCACUAAGAAGAAGCGAGGUGGCGUUGGUAGUGGUGGGGCUUUGGCUGGACCUGAUGGUGAUGAUGAGGAAGGCAAUGGAGCCAUGUUGGAGGAAAGUGAAGAUGAUGAAAAUGAUGACAAAGACGAUCUGCAAAAAGACACAAUGAUAAAGCAAACUAAAAAGAAGCCCGCUGCCAGCAAAGAGAAAACUCAAGAACCAUCUACCAAGGGUAAAGGCAAGGGAAAGACCAGCAAGAAGCGAUCCUAGCAGGAAACAACAUUUGUAUAGAUCUGUGGAAAGUCUUACAGGGAAUUCUAUGGAAGUUUACACCAUGGAACAGUUGUAGCUUGAGCUGAAGUAGGAUUCAGACCAUUCAAUCUCUCAGACAAUUCGUUUAUUGGUAAUACCACUGUUGCAGAGAAAAUGGUUGAGAAUGACCUUGGCAUAGAUCCUGGUGCAAGAAAAUGAUAUAGGACGCUGGUUUCAUGAAACAUAGCAGUCAUAAUAAUUCUACAGUCCAUCUCUGAUCGGUAUCUUGUGCAUGCAGGCAUUAAUUAGUGCUUUGAAUUGUUCAUGAAUGGUCAGCACACAAGAGUAUUUACAAAACUGUGGACACUGGUGUGUUUGCCUAACUUAGGUCAAGGAAGUAAGUUCUUAAACUGAGAAAUUUGUGUGAUUGAAAUUCAAAAGAAAAUUAUUGAAGAAUGGAAAAUAAGCAUGCAAAUGGUGAUGUGUCAGGACUGUAUGUGAAUGAAAUAUCAAAUCAUGUUACUUGCCUAAAAAGUGAAAAUAACAAUUAUUGAUGCAAAAUUAUUUUGUAGUCCCAAAAAACUGCUAAUAUUGAAGAUGGUUACUGUAAAUGGAUCGUCCCACCACAGAUUAAAAUCAUUUGAUUUUCAUGUGCGAGUUAUUUUUGCAAAUUAAGCGUUAAUUAUGUAGACCAUUUAUCUUACAACAAUGGCAGAACAAGUUAUCCAGCUGAAAAUAAUCACUCUUAUUGGCCCGGAUAUGAAAGGUGUCUUCCUGUGGGCAAAUCCAUGUCAGGCAGGUGACCCCUUACCUUUUUAUGUGCGUUCCAUUAAUCAAAACCCAGAUGUCUUGGUGAAAGGCGAGUUUGUUACAACUGCGCCCUCUGACCCCGGAUGUCUUGGUGAAAAACUUGGUUUUUACAACUGCAUCACCUGACCAUCGAUGUCUUGGUGAAAGACGAGUGUUACAGCUGCGCCCUCUGACCCCGGAUGUCUUAGUGAAAGGCGAGUGUGUUACAGCUGUGCCAUCUGAGGAUAGUAAUGUUUAUAGCAAAUAACUAUGAUAAAUAAGAAGUAAAUCAGACACAAAUCCGAGAUGAGUUGGAAUGUGGUCAGUUUCAUGGCUUACCCUGAAUGUUUUGUUAACCUCUGUUGACCUUCACAUUAUCAAUAGGCAGCAAAAUAACCCCUUACCAUAUUCAGAAUAGUCACUAGUGCAUAUAAUGCAUCUCUGUUUUGCUAUCUUUCAUUUCUUUAUAACCAGUCUGCAAAAUAUUUUCCUAAUUUUUCUUACCAUUUCUGAUUUUUUUACCUCCAGAGGACUGAAAUAUUUAUAAUUUUGGAUCAUUGACAUGGAUUUGUACCGUGUAAGUCACUGAGGUGAUAUUUACUGCUAGUGGAAGGAAGCGAGUUGCCUGUCAAUUCCUGUUAAUAAACUGACUAACACUCCCAUUGAAAUCCUUGGUAACUUGUUAACACCGAUUGUAUAACAAAAAUCAUGAUAAUGUAUAGUUUUUUUGGUGUGCAUGUCUGGCUAUUGAAGUUCUAAGCACAUUCCUUUUUGAUUGGUUGAUCUGUCUAUUUUGGGUUUCUCCAUUACAUGACUCCAUCUAUCGUAGAUGGAGUCUCGCCAACUGAUGUGAUGCCCAUAUAAUAUCAUUGUGAUCAUGUUUACCUACUCAUUUACGGAGAGAAAUCGAUGUCCAAGGUUGAUAAAAUAUUGUUCGUUGUAUACAGGGUGAUUAGUGAUCCACUGAACGGUUUUGUAUGAAUCUUGUGUAUAAUUGUGUGAUGCUGGACAGGAAUGAUUUAUUAUUAAAACAUAGUAAAAGUUAUUUUAUCAUCAAAACCUGCACAUGUUAAUUUUCACCAUUUGUAUUUCACAAAAAUUUAGAAUUAAUAAAGGUAGAAUUCAAUCACAACAUACCCAAACUAGUCGACCAUAAUAAAUUAACCACUAAUUGGUAACGCUUGGUUAUGUUGUGGUUGAAUUCUACCUUUAUUAAUUUUAAUAUUUUACUUCAUCGCCCUGCAUACCUCUUGGUAUCCAUACCCAACACGAAGUACCCCACUAAUCAACCCUCAAACUUAGAACUGACGUUGGCUCUAUUUUUUAGUUGUUCACAAAAAUUUAGAGAUACAGUCUACUGCAGUCACAUCUGAAUCCAAAUUGAUGUUAUCUUUGAUGUCAGGUGUGGUACAGAGGAAGUGUACAAUUUAGAACACAAAGUCCCCAACAAAUUUUUGCUGAAAAUCUACUAGCCAGGCUUUCUUUUCACUUUUAUACCAGCCAAGAAAUCUUAUAACCCAAGGAUUGCUUACUUCCGUGUUACAUUUGAAGUAUUAUUAUGAUGUUUUGUUAUCAUUAUACGUUGCAUGAUGGUAUGAUUGGAGUAAGUUAACUUCCAUUAUCAUUCUAACCAUGGUCGUAGAUGUCCAGAUAGCUCAGGGUGUGGGGUAUGUCACCACAUGUGAAGAUCCCAAGUGCUUGGUUCAUUGCUCCUACCCAUGGUAGUUUGUGUUUCUUAUGAAUGCAAGAAAUGGACCACUCUGUGCUGUUGUGGUUGUAUUCUAGGUCAGUUUACCCGAGUUGCACUGGAUGGCACAUGACCAGCCCCCUCCAAGUUGUUUAAUGAGGUAGAUACCAGCCACUACAAAGAAACCCAGCCUCAAGAUGACCCCAGCUGUUGACUGGCGAUAAACCUAGCAAAUUAAUAGGGAGUAGGCAACGAUGGUGUUGGUGUUGGAAGAGGCUGAUGAUGAAGUUUUAGAGUUACAUGAGGGUUUAGUCUAGGGCUUGUAGGUUCUGACAGAGCAAACCAUAUUACAAGAUUUCUGGGUGUUGCAGGCCUCAUGGACCUUUUGUCGGAAUAUGGAGUGCUAUUUGAUGAUUUUUAAGACAAUAAUAAAUUAUAAAUAAAUUCUA